GGUGGAGAGGGCGAGAGCCUGUCUGGAUUUGAGAGGGAGGAAGAUUCCAACCGCUCCGGCGAUCUGAGGGCAGGAGGGGAGACGGGCAGAAACUAAGCCAGAGACGGAGAGUCUCAGAGACAAAGGGGGCGUGAGAGACCGCGCCGGGGAGCGAGGCGGGGCGGCAGGGUGAGGCGGCUCGUUGGGCGGGAGGUGCGCGAGGUGAGGGAGGUGUGGGGGGCGUGGGCUGCGGGAUCCUGCCGCCCGCUCCGAUCGGGCUCCAGCUCCGGUUUUUCCCUCCGCCAUCCUCUCCCCCUCCCCGCCUCUCCUUUAACUCCCCCCUCCUGGGCUCGGGACUGGUUUCCUCCCUUAGCCCGCUGCCCUCAAUCCCGGCGAGGCUGGGGCUCCGGCUCGGCAUCCCCUUCCCGGCUCCCUCGUCCGGCGCCCCAUGCCGCCCCCGCCCGGCCCCCGGCUCCCCCAGUCCCCUACUUAGGCCCGCUCACAGAUCCCGGGGUGCUGGCGCGUGGGCCGGGGGCGUAGGGCGCCUGCAGACGGCCCCUGGAAGGGCUCCUGCGGGCUGAGCGCUCCGGAGCGGGGGCGCGGGCGGAGUAGGAAGCGGGUCCGCGUGCGAGCGCGGGGGGCAUCAGCCACCCGGGUGGUCGGGGCAGAAUAGCCAGGGCAGCCAAGCAGUCACCCCAGGGGGUGAGCGACUUUGGGGGAGUUGGUGCCCCGCCCCCCAGGCCUUGGCGGGGUCAUGGGGGCCCCCCAUUCUGGGCCGGGGGGCGUGCGAGUCGGGGCCCUGCUGAUGCUCGGUUUUUGGGGGCUGGUGUCUGGGCUCAGCCUGGAACCUGUCUACUGGAAUUCGGCGAAUAAGAGGUUCCAGGCGGAGGGUGGUUACGUGCUCUACCCUCAGAUUGGGGACCGGCUAGACCUGCUCUGCCCCCGGGCCCGGCCUCCUGGCCCCCACUCCUCUCCUAAUUAUGAGUUCUACAAGCUGUAUCUGGUAGGGGGUGCCCAGGGCCGGCGCUGUGAGGCACCCCCUGCCCCCAACCUCCUUCUCACUUGUGAUCGGCCAGAUCUGGAUCUCCGCUUCACCAUCAAGUUCCAGGAGUAUAGCCCUAACCUCUGGGGCCACGAGUUCCGCUCACACCACGAUUACUACAUAAUUGCCACAUCGGAUGGGACCCGAGAAGGCCUGGAGAGCUUGCAGGGAGGUGUGUGCCUCACCAGAGGCAUGAAGGUGCUUCUCCGAGUGGGACAAAGUCCCCGAGGAGGGGCUGCCCCCCGAAAGCCUGUGUCUGAAGUGCCCAUGGAAAGAGACCGAGGGGCAGCCCACAGCCUGGAGCCCGGGAAGGAGAACACAGCAGGUGACCCCACCAGCAAUGCAACCUCCCGGGGUGCUGAAGGCCCCCUGCCCCCUCCCAGCAUGCCCGCAGUGGCCGGGGCAGCAGGGGGGCUGGCGCUGCUCUUGCUGGGCGUGGCAGGGGCUGGGGGUGCCAUGUGUUGGCGGAGACGGCGGGCCAAGCCUUCGGAGAGUCGCCACCCUGGUCCUGGCUCCUUCGGGAGGGGCGGGUCUCUGGGCCUCGGGGGUGGAGGCGGGAUGGGACCUAGGGAGGCUGAGCCUGGGGAACUAGGGAUAGCUCUUCGGGGCGGUGGGGCUGCAGACCCCCCCUUCUGUCCCCACUAUGAGAAGGUGAGUGGCGACUAUGGGCAUCCUGUGUACAUCGUGCAGGAUGGGCCCCCCCAGAGCCCUCCAAACAUCUACUACAAGGUAUGAGGGCUCCUCCAACCUGGCUCUUCUGCAUCCAGCCCUUUGGGAGGUGCUCCUCCAGUUUAAUUCAUGGUUUGAGGGACACCUCUAGCAUCUCCUCGGCCCCCUUUACCCUACCAGCUCCCUUGCUCCCCCUGGCUGUUGCCUCUUCUCCACUUUUAGGAUUUCCUAAGACCUCCACCCAGCUCGCACCUGCCCUCUGGUUGGCCGUGUGUGCCCUUCUCUGUCUCUGUGUUCCUGGGUCCUAUUCCCCUGAAGGAGGGGGCAGAGACUCAGCUCCCUCUUCUGACCAUGACCCAAGGGUCCUUGUCCCCCUCACCCACUGAGAGCUAGGGGUGGGAACAGUCUGUCUUUUGGUUGCCACCUCUUUCUUUCUGCCUCUCACUGUUUUUCUCUUUUCUCUUCUCUCUCUCUCUCAUUCUCUUUCUCUCUCUUCUGUCUCUAGGUCUGUUCCUCUUCCCUAGCAUCCUCCUCCCUGUAUCUCCUUAUACCCUCUUGGCUUCUUAUCCUGUGCCUCUCCCAUCUCCACGGUGGGGGCAUCAAAGCAUUUCUCCCCUCAGUUCCCUCUUCUGACUUUUCUUACUGACCACUCCCCUCAGUCUGCCAAAAAUGGGGGCCUUAUGGGGAAAGCUCUGGCACUCCACCCCAGCUCAGGGCACGGGCAGCAGGCCUCCUCCUCUGCCCUGCCCCAGGCCUCUGCAUACUUAAUCCAGCCAUUUGGGGUGGUUGGGUCAUGACAGCUACCAUGAGAAGAAGUGUCCCGCUUUGUCCAGUGGCCAGUAGCAAGCUAUGAACCAGUCGGGACACAUGUGGACUUGGUCUGAUGCUGAAGGGGCCACUUGGGACAGGAAGUGACUUGCUCCAGACAAGAAGUGAUCAGGCCCGGACAGAAGUGGCCUGGGAAGUGGCAGAAGCAGUGCAGCAGGAACUGGAAGUGCCUUCAUCCAGGACAGGAAGUAGCACUUCUGAAAUAGGAAGUGGUCUGGCUGGAACCCGAAGUGGCUUAGUCUGGGGGGUGGGGGGAGGUGGAUGGUUCUCACUCUGUGGAGAAGGAGGGGAAGGAAGAACUUCCUGUUUCAGGAGGAAGCUGGAACUUACUCUAAGAAGAUCGGGUGGACUGAGGAGGAUUUUCCUAGUGUUCAGUGGCACGUGCCAGGAUCUCCCUUCCCUUGUUCUCUGUGCUGCUUUUAGGACAGCUAAGGUGACUGCCAUCUGUGGUGGCAGGCCCAAUUUGUCUUGUUCUUCCCUUCCCCUAUCCCAGUAUAAUCUCUGUCACUCAACAGGACUACCCCAAGAACCCACCUGUUGUCCCCAGUAACCCCGAUGGCUGUCUUGUUCCUCAUAUCCUCCAUUUCCUACUCCCUUCAACCUCAACAAUCUCCCUUCUUAGUGACCAAAAUGGUGGCCUACUGACUGGUCUAGCUGACAGUGGUCCUUAGCAACAGCCACUCUUUCCACAGUGACCAGCUGAUACCUCUUCCUGCCCUCUAGUGCACAGUUGGGUGUCGUCUCCCAUUUCCUCUCAGCUCAUUUCCAUUAGAUCAGAGCUGCCCCUGGGCACCACGUCGGCCACCUCAAUCACCAGCCAAGAUGGUUGCUUUGUCCACCAGAGGUCAAGUCAUCUCUCUGGUGCUGUAGUUCCCAGCUCCUUCCUGACUUUUCUAAUCGCUCCUUCCAGGGAACAGGAAGUUGAUGUUGCCAUGGGGGAGGUGGCGGGGUAUGGCCGUCACCUCAAUAGUUUUACUGUAAAGGGAAAUUUGAACAACAAAAAACCAAAAAAAAAAAAAAAAAAAGAAUAAAAACUUCAAAAGUGGACAA